UUCUCAAUCAGAAUUGUUCCAAACCAAGAUCCUAAACGCGUCGAUGGAUUAGUCGAAGAAUACUUGAAAGCCAAAUUUGCGGAAUUGGGUAGUAAAAACAACCUUUCUGUGGAGUGUUCACAUAGUGCUAAGCCAUGGGUUGCAAACUCUAAUCAUUGGAAUUAUGUUGCUGCUUCCAAAGCUGUUGAAAGAGUUUUCAAAUGCAAACCUGAUUUGACACAUGAAGGUGGUUCUAUUCCUGUUACUUUAACUUUUCAAGAUGCUUUGAAAAAAAAUGUUUUAUUACUUCCAAUGGGUCGUGGUGAUGACGGUGCACACUCAAUUAACGAAAAACUUGAUCGUUCAAAUUAUAUUCAAGGAAUUAAGUUAUUUGGAGUAUAUUUACAUGAAAUUGCUUCUUGUAAAGCUGAAUAA